AUGGCGCCUCCAAACCCGACCGGCUUCGACAUGAAGACCUUCAAGGCCGCGGCCUCGUCUACAUCAGUAUGGGCACAGCGAGACCCCUGGAAGCGAAAUGAAGCAUGGCGAUACACAGGGCCAUUCUCCAGAUGGAACCGAUUUAAGACUGGAUUCCCCGGCCUGGGAAUUGCGACCGUUGCCUUUGCCAUCUACUGUGGCUACGAGUACGCUUUCUUGAACGACGAUCACCACGGUCACAAGGAGGAAGGCCAUCACUGA